GGGCCGGGACAGCGACCCGGACCGGGACAGAGCCGUAGGGCCGGGACAGCGCCCUCGGCCUGGAACAGCUCCUUCGGGGCGGGUCAGCGCAGACAGUGGAGCCAUGAGCCCGGCAGAAAGUACGAAGGAUAUCCUCGUGAUAUAUGAACAAGAAGCAGAAGAGUGGGCUCUGUAUUUAAAAUCUCUUUUUGGACUCAUAGUGAACAAAGAAGGAAUCUUACUCUACGAUCUGGAGAAUUCGUCUUUCAAGCACCAGAAGCGACUCUGUUUACGAUCUUAUAAAUGUAAACUCCUGAUACUCUCAUGUGGACUUCUUAACUGCCUGAAUCAAAAAAGAAGUUAUUUUCUGGAACAAGUUCUAAAACCUUCGGAUAAUGUGGUCAUUCUGCUUUGUGGAGUGGAGAAUUCAGAGAUUCUUUAUGACAUACUAACCUUAGCUGGAGGCAGCAAAGAGAUUUCUACUGAUCAGAAACCCGAGGAAUAUAUUUCUGUUGUCAAAGGAAUUAUUCAACCAGAUAAACCAUGGGAUGAAAAUCCUGGAGACUCUGUGUCUUACAUCUAUGAAACCGUUCUUGCAGAUGAUUACCAGAAUAUCUCUGAUAUUAACUUGUCAGAUGUCAGGGGAGCAUCAGAAAAAGCUGACCUCACUUUUAAGACAGAGGUAUUUUCUGAAAGAUUAGAAAGUAACGAGCAGUCAAUAUUGGUGCUUCCGAGAAGAAUAUCAUGUGAGAACCCUGGUGAAAUAUUCAUUUUGUUGAAAGAAGAAAUAGAUGAAGAAACUCUAGAAAUUGAAUUCAUAACAGAUAAUCAACGAAUUAGAACAUGGACAGCCUCUUGGAACAAGAAAGUCAAAUAUGUGAAAGCCCUAGAUUUUCCCGCUGGCCCUGUAUAUGUAAAUGUCUACUGUGGGGGAGUCAUUAAGACGACAGCAGAGAUUGAGUACUAUACUCCACUAGAGGAAAUUGAACCUAUUUUAAAGAAAGUGGCUGACCCAAUAGCUUUCACUUGUCAGGCAUUAAAAUUUUCUUCUGUAGAGAAGGUAGACAAUGUUCUGACUUCAUUAUUGAAAAGCAAAAUAUCUACUUAUGAAUUCAGCCCAUUCCAAAGUGAAGAAGAGCAUCAUCACCAAGCUAAUAGCCAUUUGGAAGAAUUUCCUACCUUACUUCACUGUGCAGCCAGAUUUGGCUUGAAGAACCUUGCAACAUUUCUGCUCAGUUGUCCUGAGGCCACACGGGCUUGCAAAAUAGCCAAUAAAUAUGGAGAUGAUCCAGAAAGUAUUGCGAAGAAGCACGGGCACAAGGAAUUAAGAAAAUUAAUCAAAGAAUUGUCUAAUUAUGCAGCAAGUGAUUUCACUAAUUGCAAGGAGGAAGUGGAAGACAGCAACACUUAUGAGCUUAUGUUAGGCUCACAAACUCCACCAGCCAUGGCGAAGCAGAACUCAAGAGAUCAAUAUGCAGUUGGAUCGAGAUGCCAACAAGAAGUCAAGGCGGAUGAGGAAAAGAAGGAUGACCAAAUAGACAGCAGAGAGGAGACAGAAUCUGAAGAUGAAGAAGAGGAGGAUUCAUGCAGCCUUCACAACAGUUCUGGCAGUUUGUAUGUCAACGUAGGAAGUGAGCUCAAAGAGAGCAGGAGAGAUUGCUUUGUCUGCAAGAGGCCACCCCCUCCUCCCCCUCGAAAUCUGCCUGGCAUCCAGAGACAGGACAGUCUGCAUAAUUCAUUACAAGAGAGGAGUUCUGUGAUGGACAGGAGUCGAAGAGAGCAGGGAGAUGGACUGACAGCCGCAUGCGGCGGAGGAGACCGGGGUCCCUGCGAGGAGGACAGUGAGGACGAGCACCCCUACACUUGUAUGGCACAGGAUGAGCGUGUGUACGACCUCAUCCUGGGCCAGGAGCAGCAGCAGCAGGAGAGGAGGAAGCACUGCAGCUCCUUCAUCAUGAACAGGCCACCAGCCCCCGCGCCCCGGCCCGUGAGCUCGCUGCUCCGAGAGGAGAGCACUCCCUACAUUGUACAAGUGUUUCAGCAAAAGGCCUGUCGAGUGACCAGUGACAGCAGCAGGACGUACUGCGAGGCCAGGAAUCCUGAAGCACACAGAGGCCACACUGAGACAGUAACUUACAGUACUGAACACACUGUGGUACACAGGAUCCCUCCAGAACAGGAAGAACUCAUCCACUUGCAGGAACAGGUGAAAAAGGGGGCAAUUUCUGUGGAUGAAGCCCUUGACAGAUUUAAACAGUGGCAGAACAAAAAGCAGAGACUACCAUCCACUCAACAGGAAAAAGUGCAUCACCUUAGAGACACCACUAUCAGAAACAGACAAGAAAAUGAAAAUCUGAAUGUCUACAACUAGGAGCUCAACAGACAAGGAACAGCUGCCUAGUUACCCAAGCUGCAGUGUGACUCUCCAGCCAGCUGCACAUCAGUCUCCUCUGCUUGGCAUCCCUCACGUGUUCCAGCUGUGCCCUGACAGCCUCGGGCUCCAGCCCAUCCUGCAGUGCCACUGCCGUGGGAGCAUUGCUGCACUUCCAGUGCCUUGGAUUCUCUUGCCAGGCCCAGCUCUGGAAGAAGACCACUAUCACUAAAGCAAAUUAAUAAGGUUUCUUACAAAGUCAUCAACGAAUUUUACAGCUUUUCUUUGCUUUUUUAUUUUUCCAAGAUGACAGCUGACAAUUUAUAUAAACAUGUAUUGCGUGCUUUGGUUAAUAAGUUUGGAAGUUAUUUCAGUUUUUCCAUUGUGCUUGAGAAGUUGC